AUGGCUCAUUACAUGAAAAUUGUAAGCGAUAUUGUGGAUGACAAAGCGGAUUCUCUUAAUGAACUUGGCCGAUACCUGUGGAACAACCCCGAGACUGCUUUGAAAGAAUUCAAGGCCCACAAACGAAUUUCCGAUUUCUUGGAAUGUGAAGGUUUUACAGUACAGAAGAAUUAUAUCUUACCAACAGCAUUUCGAGCGGAGUUCGGGGGAAAAGGACCAGUGGUCGUUUUCAUGUGCGAAUAUGAUGCCCUUCCUGAAAUCGGACAUGCCUGCGGCCACAACCUGAUCGCCGAGUGUGCGGUGGCUGCCGGCAUUGGUGUGAUGCAAGUGCUUCAAGAAAAUUCAUCGCUCACUGGAAAAGUUGUUGUCCUCGGUACGCCAGCUGAAGAGGCGCAACAGGGAAAAGUGGACCUCCUGCGAGGAGGAGCCUUCGAUGAUGCGGACAUCGCAUUGAUGGCACACCCGUCACGGACCAACUCUGCGUAUGCCUCAACAUAUGCCCUUUUGCAGAUUGGUGUUGAAUACGAAGGGCGACCGUCUCAUGCCGGUAUAAAGCCAUGGGAUGGAGUUAAUGCCCUGGACGCCGCGGUUGGUGCUUACGUGAACGUUGGUUUGCUCAGGCAGCAGAUGAAGCCAGACAUGAGAAUUUCAGGUAUCAUAACAGACGGCGGAAAGUUGGCCAAUAUCUUACCAGCGGAGUCAAAAAUGGAAUUCGUUAUCAGAGCCCCAGAAAAUCACGAGCUUAAGUCGUUGAGGACAAAGCUGGAGCGUUGCCUCCGAUCGUCUGCGGAAGCUACUGGCUGUUCCAUUGCCAUUCGAGACCAGUCGCCUUUGAUCGAGGCUCUCAAUCAAAACAGAACAAUGGGGAAGAUCUACCAAGAGUACGCGCAAAAGUUUGGCAUCGAUUUCUCCGAACCAGGCAAUGAAACCAAGAUCGCGGCAUCGACAGACGCCGGAAAUGUGUCUAACGUGAUCCCUGUGCUCCAUCCCGGAUACAAGCUGGAAGACGCGACAACAUCGAACCACACCCCCGAAUUCGCGAACGCAGCAGUCACACCAAAAUCUUUCGAUGCAACUUUAAAGGUGGCAAAAGCGCUCGCACUCACCGCUCUAGAAGUCCUCAGCUCUCCGGAUCUCUUAAACAAUGUCAGAAUGGAGUUUGACGCCAGCAUAGCGGCUUCGGGGAUUAAAACCGACCCAAACCUGUAACAAGGGCGUUUUGCAAACAUGGAAAAAACUGCAUUCCAUUAUAUUAACGAAACACUAAUAAGCUUUUUUGAUAACGUAUUUUCAUGCGGCUUUAUAUUUUUAUCUAUAUUCCGGAAUAAACCCUAUUCUUAUCCUUUUCAUUCGAAACGAUUGAAUUAAUCAGUAAACUGAUUAUUUUUUGUUUUGCACUGCUAAAGUUUACAAUCUAGGACGAAGAAGAACGACACUCACAUACGAAAGGCACGGAACAAAAGAUAAUGAAAAUACCAACCAGCUCAAACCCAAGCUUUCGUAAACUGAUGUUACUUGUUCAUACACAAUUUGAUCUACAAUUGUUCUCAAGGUAUUUAUAGAUAUAUCAGUGGAAAAACAGUUAA